AUGAACCUGGAAGAUGGGAGUGCAAGUAGUCUUUCUAAUUCAGCCUCCUCUAACAAUGACCCGCCAUGCAUCGUUGGAACAGCAUGUCGCCUGCCAGGAGAUAUUCGCUCCCCUUCUAGUCUCUGGGACUUUCUAGUUAAGCAAAAGUCUGCACAGGGGCCUGUGCCACCUGAGCGGUAUAACAUCGAUGGCUUUUACCACCCUCAGGGGAACCGCAGCGGUGCUACCAACGUGCCCGGCGGUUAUUUUAUCAAUGAGGACAUACGUCAGUUCGACAACGCCUUCUUUGGUAUUAACAACAUGGAAGCCACAUAUAUGGAUCCCCAGCAACGAAAGUUGCUUGAAGUCGUUUACGAAUGUCUGAUGAGCGCGGGGAUAUCGAUGGAGAGCGUGGCGGGCUCUGACACUGGCGUCUACGUCGCCAACUUCUCCGUCGACUACCAGCCCAUUCAGACUCGCGAUCCAGACUAUUUGCAUAGAUACAUCGCAACUGGAUCGGGAGCUACUAUAAUGUCAAAUCGAAUUAGCCAUGUUUUCAACCUCCAUGGUCCAAGUUUCACCAUUGACACCGCAUGUUCAUCAUCUCUCUACGCCCUCCACCAAGCCCUCAACGCUAUGAGCACAAAUGAUUGCGAAAGCGUCAUCGUGGCUAGCUCCAACUUGAUCAUGUCUCCUGAGCUGCACAUUGCUGCAGCGAAAAGCGGCGUGCUCUCGCCUACGGGGACCUGCCACACCUUUGACGCCUCUGCUGAUGGGUACGGUCGUGCCGAAGGUGUCAACGCUAUCUACGUCAAGCGUUUAUCAGCUGCGCUUAGAGACGGGAAUCCAAUCAGGGCAAUUAUUCGAGGAAGUGCCGUGAACGCAAGCGGCAAAACGCCCGGAAUAUCGCUACCGAGUGGUAGGCUACAAGAAGUAGUCAUACGCAAGGCGUAUCAAAAUGCCGGCAUAGACUUCACCGGCACUGACUACGUGGAAUGUCAUGGUACCGGGACGCCAGUUGGAGAUCCUAUAGAGGUAGAUGCAAUCGGAAGAUGCUUCUCCCCACGCGAAGGGCCUCCACUUCUCAUAGGUUCGGUUAAAACAAACGUCGGCCAUAGUGAAGGUGCCAGUGGCCUCACCUCCAUCCUUAAAAUUGUCCAGUCUUUUGAAAACGGCCAAAUACCCCCGUCAAGAGGGGUCGUCAAGUUAAAUCCCAAAUUGAUUCUAGCAGAACGUAACUUGAAAGUAGCUAGGGAGGUAGCAGAGUGGCCCCGGGCACUCCGCCGUGCUAGCAUAAACUCUUUCGGUUACGGUGGUGCUAAUGCCCAUGUUAUUCUUGAGGCUGCCGAGAGCUAUCUAGGUCAAGAUUACCUAGAGAAAUACAGUUAUUCGAGGAGUGACAUGGAUGUGCGAGAUAGCCAAAGGCUUACGGUACUCCCCGUAUCAGGCGCCUCAUCCAGCUCGCUAGAUGCAGUUAUCCAGCAAAUCUCCCAAACUAUAACGCAAUUGCGCGACGAGGGGGCAAUACUCGAUUUGGCACAUACCCUCACUAAGGGUCGGGAUCACUUACGACACAGAAGUUUCCUACUGGUCAAACAGGAAAAGUCUGGUGGAAAGUUUGUUAAUUUAACGGCAGACGAAGCUUCUCUGAAAGGAGAAUUUAAUCCUCUGCCUCUCGGCUUCGUAUUCACAGGUCAAGGAGCACAAUACGCCGGCAUGGCUAAAGAGUUGCUAUUCGAGAAUCAACAUUUCCGCGACACGAUCCGUCGCCUCGACGGUGUACUUCAGGCCCUCCCGUCUCCAUAUGCACCUGACUGGACACUCGAACAGACGUUGUUAGACGCUGCAAAUAGCCGCAUUAACGAAGUCACCCGCAGCCAGCCUAUUUGUACUGCGGUUCAAAUUGGGCUAGUCGACCUGCUACGUACUUGGGGAAUCCAGUCAAAGUCUGUGGUUGGCCACUCCUCGGGCGAGAUUGCGGCAGCUUACGCUGCUGGCCUUCUCACUUUCUCACAAGCUAUCCUAGUAGCGUACUUCCGUGGAUAUGCUGUAGGCACGUUGCGAUCUAGAGGAGCUAUGAUGGCUGUCGGCUUAAGUCCCGAUGAGGCCAAACUCCUUAUCAAGAACAAAAGCCUUGAGGCAAAGGUUCGCGUGGCUUGUGUUAACUCACCAGGAAGCGUAACACUAAGCGGCUCUCCAGGAGGCAUCGAUGCCCUCAGUCAUGACCUCCAAACCGAGAAUAAGUUCGCCCGGAAGCUUGAAACCGGUGGACGCGCUUAUCACUCCCAUAUGAUGGAGGAGAUAGGUGGACUAUACGAAAAGCUUCUUACGCCAUACUUCGGGAGCAGAGUAAGCGACAGCAAUACUAGCACAGAACCCUCAGAAUACGAGGUCAAAAUGUACUCGUCCGUUGGCCAUGACCCAAACAGUCUCGAUGGCAUAGAUAGCCAAACCAACAUGCCAGCUUACUGGAGACAAAACUUAGAGCAACCAGUCCAGUUCAGCGCUGCACUGUCGAACUUAGUCGCGGGAGCAGGCAAUACUAUUCAUCUAGUCGAAAUAGGCCCACACGCGGCACUUAAGGGGCCCAUCAAGCAGAUACGGACAUCACUUAAGUUAAACGAAAAGUCACUCCCCUACUCGCCAACACUAGUGAGACAACAAGAUGCAGAUUCUUGCAUAAAGACGCUUGCUGGUACUCUUUUUACCCACGGCCACCACACGCUAAAUUGGGAUAUAAUCAAUGGACUUCCUGAAUCUGGCUUGAAGAUACUUCACGAUCUCGCACCAUAUCCAUGGGACUACUCAGGGGGUUUACUUUGGAGUGAGCCCCGGGCCAGUUUCGAGAUGAGGAACCGGAAGCACUUGCGCCACGAACUUCUCGGCACUUUGGCACUCACGGGCAACGGGAUCGACUUCACGUGGCGGAACUUGCUACGCUUGAGCGAAACACCCUGGCUUCGGGACCACAAGGUAGAAGACCAGAUCGUCUUCCCUGCCACGGGGUAUAUGGCCAUAGCCGUCGAAGCCGUGUCGCAGAUUACAGGAGCCAAGGGGAAGCAGGCUAAUCAGCUUGCCUUUGAGUUCCGCAACCUCAACAUCAGCGCUGCCCUUCACGUGCCUGACGAGGAGAGAGAUGUAUAUUCCACAGCCAAAGACUUGGAAAUACACACAACUAUGACCCCACGCAAGAUAUCCAACGUCAAUAGCUCUGUUGACUGGCACGACUUUUCCGUUUCGUCCUGGUUGGCUGGUCGCACCACAGUUCACUGUACGGGAAGUAUCCGCCUGACCCAACCACGCCGAGAAGUGGAGGCGGGCGUACGGGACGAUGCUGUUACGUUGCAAAACACUGACAGCUUUGAUACUUGGUCCACCACUAGAUGGUACACCAAAUGGCAUCAAGAAGGGCUAUGCUUCGGUCCUCACUUCCAGUCUUUAACUAGCCUACGAACUGAUGGUGGGCGAAGCCGGCGCGAGGCCAUCGGAACCACGCUAUUGGAACCCCCAAUUGCUAAAACAGGCGGUACAUACUAUCCAGUGCACCCUAUAACCAUAGACGCAGCCCUCCAAGCGGCUAUCCUCAGCACAACGGCCGGAUACAUGCCAGCAUUGAAAACCUGGCUUCCCGUCUUCAUCGCAGAGUGCAGAAUCCAACCCUCAGAAGAGGCUCUCACACCAGAUGCCGAUGGCGAGGUCCAUGCUCGCUCCGAAGAGACGGGUCUCUCUAGUAGGAGGAUCGACGGCACGUUGCGAGACUCGCGCGGCAUUCCCGUAGUCGACUUCCGAGGCGGGCGUAUUUCACUUUACAACGGCAAUAUGUCUGGGCAGUCCGAGAGCAACAGCAACAAUAGCCCUGUUACCGACUUGUACGCCCAACGGCAGCCCACUCUGAGGAUCCAUUGGAAGCCCGAUGUGCUGCGCCUGCGACCGGAAGCCGAAGCGCGGUUGAGAAACUACGUGGCGUCCUUCGUGGACCAGCAGCAGGACGACAUGCGAGACGACGAGAGCAUGGCUGCUAUCGCCGCGCUCUUAGAUCUGGCCGGACACAAGAACCCGCGUAUUCGCGUAUUGGAGCUCGGCGGUGACACGCUCGGAUAUAAAGCUAAGCAAUGGCAGUCCAUAUUAGACAAAGAGACGGCUUUCUCGCGUUGUCGGUCCUGGCAAUCUGGUAGUCUGACCGAAAGUGGUGACAUUUUCGUUGAAGGUGAAAGUGACGAAGACGUAUACGAUGUCAUCCUGACCCCCAGGCAUGCUACCUCGAAACGAAUCUGGGACCAAGCAGCUGAACUGAUCACUUACUUGGUCUCCGAUCAUGGCAUCAUCAUUACGCGAAGAUCAGAUGUCGCGAUAACAGAGUUGAGAUCCGCCGGCUUCGACGUAUUUGAUGUCGGAAAGCAAGUCCUCUUAGCGAUGCGGCAGCCGCAGACGACAAUACUUAGGGGCCGAAACGCUUUCAUAGUGCGCGCCGAGAACUCAACCUCUGCCGUGACAGAAUUUGCGAAGACCUUAGGGACAUACCUACAACAGAAGGCAGGCGUAUCGCAGAUCAACAUCAUCGGGCUCCAUCAGAUUGACAGCGUACAGAUCGCUGAGACGGACAUAUGCAUAUCUCUACUAGAAAUCGAGGGGGAGUUCCUCGCGACGAUGAGCUCAGACAACAUGAACCGCCUGCGCGUCAUGACAAAUACCGCGACCGACCUGCUCUGGUUCACAGGCGCAGGCAUGCUAGGCAGCGCACUGGACCCCAACCUAACUCUUUCCAGCGGGCUCUCGCGCGCGCUGAUGCUAGAACAGCCGACGUUGCGGUACUCGGUCCUCGACGUCGGACCCCUGCAGCAGCUGGACUUCACCACGGCCUGCGAGAACGCGCUGAAAGCCCUGGUGGCGAAGCACGACAAGGACGACUGCGAGUUCGUCGAAAAAGACGGCCUUCUGCACAUCAGCAGAUACGGGCCUGACUUCCGGGUCAAUUCCUUUUUCCGGCGUCGACUGGGACACCAGAAAGAGAAGCAGCUGCAGACGCUUGCGGAGGCGAAGCCCGCGCGACUGUCCAUAGACCGGAUCGGGAUGAUGGAUACGCUGUACUUCCAGCAGAUGUCGGAACCGGGACAGGGUGAAAUGCCACCACCGGGCUACGUCGAUAUCGAGGUCAAGGCAGUGAGCCUGAACGCUAAAGACGUGUAUGCUAUGAGCGGACGCGUAGACACGCGUGACAAGACGACGGCGUUCGACUUCUCCGGCAUGGUAACCGCUAUCGGCGACAACGUUCAUCACGUAAAAGCGGGUGACCGCGUCGUCGCCUACGCGCCGCAUCAUCUCGGCACAUCGGUGCGAGUACCAGCCGGGUCGGUACACAAAAUGCUAGAUAGCGAAGAGUUCACCGUGGUGCCGACAUUGCUGCUCGUCUACGGCACCGCGCUCUACGCCAUCAACGAACGCGCGCAUCUACGCCCCGGAGAAUCCGUGCUGAUUCACGCCGGCUCAGGCGGCUUAGGUAUCGCCGCUAUCACCCUAGCCCAGCGAAUAGGCGCCGUAGUCUACACCACCGCCGGCUCGCAGACCAAGCGCGACUACCUGAUAAACGAGAUGGGCAUCCCGCCCGCUCAUAUCUUCAGCUCGCGCGACCCCUCCUUCGUCCAGGCCGUGAUGCAAGCUACAGGCGGGCGGGGCGUGGACGUCGUGAUCAAUUCGCUAGUGGGGGACCUGAUGCACGAGAGCUGGCGGUGUCUCGGGGAGUUCGGGCGGUUCGUGGAGAUCGGCAAGCGGGAGCUCGUCGACGCCGGGAAGCUCGACAUGCGCGUGUUCCUGCGGAACGCGACGUUCACAGCCUUCGACCUGUCCGAGCUGUUCUACGCCCGGGACCCGUUCCACCGCGCCGCCUGGGACAGGCUCAUGGUCGAGACGCUCCAGCUCUAUCGCGCGGGGGAGAUCCGGCCGUUGCCCACGAGGGUUUUUAAUGUUAGUCAGGUCACGCAGGCGUAUCAGUACUUCUCGAGCAAGGAUCGCGUCGGCAAGGUUGUUAUUUCUUUCGAGGACCCGAGGGCCCGUGUUCCAGUCGCGCCGGCUACAUACUUCAGCGUGUUUGACGCCGAGAAAGUCUACCUUCUCGUGGGAUGUCUUGGCGGUUUAGGUCGUAGCCUAAGUAGGUGGAUGAUGGCACGAGGGGCCCGCCACUUUAUCUUCCUAGGCCGUUCCGGCGCCGAUAAGCCCAGCGCAAGACAGCUCGUGUCCCGGCUUGAAGAGGCCGGGGCAACCGUCGGAAUAGUCCGCGGCGACGUUUCCAAAGCCGCCGAUGUAAAUGUUGCGGUUUCGGCGUGCAUGGCUACGGGCCGACGCGUCGGCGGCGUUAUCCAGGCCGCCAUGGGUCUCCACGAAGCCCUCUUCACGCGCAUGCCGAACGAAGCCUGGCACACGGGUAUCGAUCCCAAGUGGCAGGGGACCUGGAAUUUGCACAACGCGCUGCAAGCGCACGUCGACAACGACCCGCGGAACGAGCCCGACUUCUUCCUGCUCACGUCGUCGGUCUCGGGGACCGUGGGCACGGCCACUGAGAGCAACUACUGCUCGGCGAACGGGUUCCUCGACGCGUUCGCGCGCUGGCGCCGGUCGCGCGGCCAGGCCUGCGUCUCGGUCGGCCUGGGCAUGAUCUCCGAGGUAGGCUAUCUGCACGAGAACCCCGAGAUCGAGGCCCUGCUGCUGCGGAAGGGGAUCCAGCCGCUCAACGAGGAGGAGUUCCUGCAAGUGGUGGAUUUGGCACUGGCCAGCGAGGCAGCCUGCAGCCCCGAGGAGUCGCAUCUCCUGACGGGGCUGGAACCGGCGGCGAUCCGCGAGCUGAGCGCUCGGGGCUUCGACGUGACGAGCCACGGGGUGUUGGUCGAAGCACGCGCUUCCGUGCUGCUGGCGUCUCUGCUGGCUGAGAAGGAAGCCGCGGCGACGCCUCAGCAGGGCGGUGGACAUGCGGCGGCGGCUGCUACUGCGGUGACGGCGGCUUGGUUCAAAGACGUGCCUGCUGGCAUAUCGGCUGCUUUUGCACCGGAAGCCGACGCGGACACGAUGCGCGAGGCGAUCUUACGUUUGGUCAAGAAGCGCUUCUCUAACCUUAUCCUGAUGCCGGCCGAUCAGAUCGGCGAGGGCAGAGCAUUGCCGGACUUUGGUGUCGACAGCAUGAUCGCGUCUGAGUUUCGCUCUUGGUUCUGGUCCGUGUUUAAGGUUGAUGUUCCGUUCCUUGAUAUCAUGAGCGCUCAGACGUCGCUGGUGGUAUUGGCUGAGUUUGUGGAAGCGAAGUUACAGGUGACUGCUAGUUAG